AUGUCCAUGCCUUCUAUUCUCUUACCCUUCCCCAGAGACCUGGCUGAAUGUGCUCGCCAGCGGAGGAAGCGAAUGGCCUCAUAUGCCCAUGGCCCAGGCCAGACAUAUCACCGCUCCCAGCAGCAACAGCAUCAUCAGCCUAGUUGGUCUCUUAACGACCUGAGUACUGAGCUCUUGGCCUUGAUAUUCGAGCAGCUCCGAGAUAUCGAUACUCAAUAUGUCUCUACCGCUCGGCUUCUCUGUCAACGUUUCAACCAAAUAGCAAUCCCCAUCACCUACAAGACACUGGUCUUGACAGAGAAAAUAGUCGCCCAGGAUGCAGGGCAGCUAUUCCCUCAAGCUCUCGAGUAUAUUAGUGCUCACACACACCAUGUGAUUGCCAGAAGCGACCUGGACCCAGCUGGGAUCAGGAGGAUCCUGGAGAGAAUACGGAAACUUUCUUCCGUAAGAUGGCGAUAUGUGGACAGAGAAGUCCGCUCAGGACGGUUCUGGCUGCCAUCUGACAUACUAAACGCAGAGCAGACUCGUUACAACCGCACUAGGCUAUAUGUCGAGGAGCUACCGCUGCGAGACUUUGAGGGCGAGAUGCGCAACACCUAUCUUCGUGCCAUACCCAUCGAGCUUCUCGUGUCGUUGAAGAUGGCCCAUCCCGCGCCGCCUUUGGUCACUCGGUUGAACUCUCUUAAGAAUCUCCUCCUCUCCGCUCGCCGGCUGGAGAUACUGCACUUCGAGGAUCGGGGCCAGGGCACACAGUUCGACUUUGCGCCCCACGAGCGUCUCCCAGCCCUGCGCGAGCUCACCCUUCGCUCCUACGACUGGAGGCACAGCGCUGAGGAGGUGGCGCGGCACUGGGACUUCUCGCGGAUCACCUCGCUGGAGCUCAUCUCGAUGCCCGUGUUCAACUUCCUCAACUCGGUCAACUUCUACGAGCUCGCGAAUCUCCAGACCCUCCACUGCGAGGACUUCAGUGCGCACCUUCCAGACCGGCGCAUCGAGGCCACGAGGCGGCUCCAUUUGCUUGUCAAGUCGUACAUUCGUGCCUUGUCGACCUUGCAGAUUACGGUGCACACAUACCACUUCCCAGUGGACGCUCUGCUGUCACACGCUCACUCGCUGACGACGCUGCGACUGCGCGACCACACGGGCUUCGGCGAGGAGGACCGGCGGUGCCCGACCAUGUACCACGAGGACCUGUGGCUACUGGCGCAGCACAUGCGCCAGGUGCAGAUCCUGGAGCUGGACAUGGACGUGGUGCACACGGACCCGCCGCAGUUCCUGCGGGCGGCGUGCGCUUUUCCAUCGCUGCACACGCUGACGCUGCACGUGCAGACGGUCCUGCACCCCUUCGAGGUCGUGCACCCGGGCAUGGACCGCGACCGCGACGCCGCCAUGCGCACGCUGCAAUUCCUCGUGCGCCACAAGGCGGGGCCCGUCCCCUGGCGCUCCAUCACCAUCAACGUCGGCGGCUGGAAGAAGGUCAUGGUCCGCCGCCUCAGCGAGCCCUGGCGCCGCCAGAACGAGCGCGGCGUCUUUGCCGAGCGGUGCUUCGUCCUCGAGCGCAGCCCUGCCACCGGCGAGAUGAGCGUCCGCGAGGAGGUCGCCGUCGAAGCGAGCCGGCAGGCCACGCCUGAAGAGGAGGAUGAGGAAGAGGAAGACAUGGACGAGGACGAGGACGAGGACGAGGAGAUGUCCGACGACAACGAUAAUUAA